GAGAGAGAAAGGAGUGGUUUAUGAGUUGAAACAAAGUGAAGGUAUAUGUAUAGAUGCACUGAUGUUAAAGAGCAUGAGAGAGUUAAACAAUGCUUGUGUUCACGACAUUGUGUGUGGUGUUCCUAGUCAUUACCAAAGAGUGCCACUCACAGCCUAAUGUCUGUGGCAGAGCUAACCUCAACACCAGGAUUGUAGGAGGACAGGAUGCUGUUCCUGGGUCUUGGCCUUGGCAAGUCAGUCUGCAAGUGAAUGGAGGACAUUUCUGUGGUGGAUCCCUCAUCAAUAAUGGCUGGGUCCUCUCUGCAGCUCACUGUUUCCAGAGGUACACAGCCUCUCAAGUGACUGUAAAACUGGGACUGUAUACUUUGGAAGGAAACAACCUUAACAGUAUAUCAAGAACACUCAUCAGGGUCAUCACACAUCCGGCCUACAAUUCGGAAAUACAUGACAAUGACCUCUCACUACUGCAGCUGUCCUUUGCUGUAUCAUUCAGUAAUUAUAUCACUCCUGUCUGCCUGGCUGCAACAGGGAGCACUUUUAACAAUGGCACCCUGACAUGGGUUACUGGCUGGGGAAGGAUCAGUUCUGGAGUAAACCUACCAUCUCCUGGGACACUUCAAGAAGUUCAAAUCCCAAUUAUUGGAAACAGGAAGUGUAACUGUUUAUAUGGAGUUGGAUCUAUCACCAACAAUAUGUUGUGUGCUGGGUUAUUGCAAGGGGGCAAAGACUCAUGUCAGGGUGACUCUGGAGGUCCACUCGUCAUUAAACAGGGGUCUCUGUGGCUUUUGGCUGGCAUUGUGAGUUUUGGUGAGGGCUGCGCUCUUGCAAAUUAUCCUGGUGUGUAUACAAGCGUGUCUCAGUAUCAGAAUUGGAUCAACAAAACAAUCACCACAAACCAGCCAGGCUUCAUUACAUAUACAUCUGGUGGCACUGAUGGUGAUCUGCAAGUGACUUGCACUGGCUUGCCACCUGUUACCACAACUGCCCCACCAACUACUGCCACAACUAUUACUACAACUACUCGCACAACUACUUCCACAACUACUGGAGCAUCUGUGGUGUGUGGAAGUGCCAAGCUUAAUACUAUUUCAGGAGAAGCAGACAGCUCCUUGGCAUCAGCAGGAACAUGGCCGUGGAUGGCCAGCCUGCAGAUUAACUCUACUCACAUUUGUGGUGGAACACUGAUAGCUCAGCAGUUUGUCAUGAGCUCAGCUGAUUGUUUCUCUAGCUCAGCCAAACUCUCUGACUGGACCGUGAAACUGGGUGGGCUCAAUCACGACAGCUCUAACACCAACGAGGUCUCUGUUGCUGUGGCUGAUAUCACAUUCAGCACAAGUGGCAGCAGUAACAUAGCUGUGGUAAAGUUGUCUACCACUCCUACUCUUUCCAACUUCAUUCAGCCCAUAUGCAUGAAUCUGGGAACUACCAGCUUCAACAUUGGUACUCAGUGCUGGGCGGCUGGCUGGGGCUCAGGAGGUGGAGCCCAGCAAACACUUCAGCAGUUCAACACAACAAUAGUGGAUUGUGGAACUGCUUCUUCAUCAAGCGUCUGCAUAGCAGCCAUACCAUUAGAACAGGGUGAAAGGGGGGGUCCUCUAAUGUGUAAAAUUGGGCAGUCAUGGUUCCAGGCUGCUGUUUUAACCCUUAACAACAAGAGCAUCACUAAGUCUACCACCAGCUCAAACAGCUCUAGUGGCUCCAGUAAAGACUCACUAGUUGUGUUACCUCGUGCCACAAAUAUACAGACCUUCACUAUGAUAUCCACCUUCUCAACUUUCUUGAAAUCUACAGUGGGCGCCUUCCCUCUUGCUGCAACUUCCAGCAGCACAACUUCAUCACCAUCAUCGUCAGGCUGUGAAGCUUUGUCAUCUUUUUUAGUUGUCCUAAUUCUUUUACUGUCAUUUCUUGCACACCAAACCAUAGGUUUGGAAUAGGCUCCCUAAAUAAGCAAAUAUACUGUACAUAAUGAAUCAAAAAAUACACUAUGUCUAAGGAAACAUAGACUAUAUCUCCACUGAUCCAACUUUAUUUUUUAACCUGUCUGGUUUGAUACAGUAAGAUAAUUGCUGAUAGCUGGUUACCAUCCAGUUCUGUAAUUGAAUUAAAUUUUCAAUACAAUUUUAUUUGUAUAGCGCUUUUACCAAUUGUCACUGUCGCAAAGCAGCUUCACACAAUCAAAAUAAUUAUUUAAGUUUGUAUGGAAUGUGAAUGUGUAUGAAUCAAAAUGGUCAGAUAGUCCCUGAUGCAAGCCAAGGGCAACAGUUUCAAGGAAAAACUCCCUGAGAUGGUAAUAGGAAGAAACCUUGAGAGGAAUCGGACUCAACAGGGAACCCAUCCUCAUCUGGGUAAAACAGAGAGCAGGAAUCGAUCUGCAUUCAUACUGUCUGUUAGGUGUUAGGCAGUUCAGCUAUUACAGUUGAUGUUAAUUGAUGUUAAUAUAAGGUCCAGGUAGUUAUUGGAGGCUCCGGUAGACUUGUAGGAAAUUCAAGUCCUGAACUAUCGAGCAACUGCAGCCAAGUCAAGUCCUCAGAGAAACAGCUGUUAACAUCAAUCGAGGCCAGAACCGUCUUCAUGGUAGAGUGAAAGGUGCAAUAAAGUAUACCUAGUGAACAGAUAAUAUCAGCACAGGUAAUUGCUACUACUAAACGUCAACAUAGAAUAAUAGAAAAAACAUGGCUUAUUAAGAAGGUUUGUUUGUUUUUAUAGUCGUUUGAUUUAUAUUGGUUUGUUCCAUAAAACCUGUUAGUGCUGUCGUACCAGUCCCCUCGCAGUUUAAGAAAACUUUCAGUUUUAGGAAUGUACACAUACAUAGGAGUGAAGGAAUGUGUGGUAUUGUUACAUGAACCAUGAAUGGACAGGGAGUUAAGCAGACCUGAUUGUUUAGAAAAAAAGACUACCAAAACACAUUUUAUUCAAGUAUUUUGUACAUAUGUAUAUUUAUUGAGCUUAAUUCAAUAAAUAAAGAGUGCUGUGAA